GCAGAGCAGCAAACCCAACCGCCUGCUCCCUGUGUUUCCACUGUUGUUCAAAACCAACGCAGAGCAAACUGAUGUCUUCAGUGUUCAAUUGAAAAUAGAUUGAAUAUCUCCUGAUAAACCAAAACGGAGAGGAAGAGGGGGAGGAAGAGGAGAGGAAGAGCUAUUGGGGAGGAGAAGAGACACGGGAGGGAAAAAAAGGAGGAGGACGUGGAGUAAAAAUCGGGACAGGAUAAUGCUGCAGAUUUGACUGAAAGAUGUCCAAGGUAAAUGCGGAAGCGACCACCAUGCUCCCCCUCCUCAAGAAGAAGCUGGCGUUUCUGUCAGGGGGGAAAGACCGGCGCAGUGGUCUGAUCUUGACCAUCCCUCUCAGCUCAGAUCAGACCAGCAUGGAGGAGCUCAGCGCCACACUGGACUACCUGCUCAGCAUCCCCAGUGUAAAGUGUAAAGCUCGAGGUUUCACCGUUAUCGUGGACGGACGAAAGUCUCAGUGGAACAUCGUGAAGACUGUGGUGCUCAUGUUGCAGAAUGUGAUCCCUGCCGAGGUGUCGCUGGUCUGCGUGGUGAAGCCAGAUGAAUUCUGGGAUAAAAAGGUCACGCACUUCUGCUUCUGGAAAGAGAAAGACCGCCUGGGCUUUGAGGUGAUCCUGGUUUCGGCCAAUAAGCUGACUCGUUACAUUGAACCGUGCCAGCUAACGGACGACUUUGGAGGAAGUUUGGACUAUGACCACAACGACUGGCUGAACAAGAGACUGGUUUUUGAGAAGUUCACUAGGGAGUCGACGUCAUUGCUGGACGAGUUGUCAAUCAUCAACGACAGUGACAAGAGCAGUACGGUGGACAAGGACAAAUCAGCUGACCUCGCCCUCUUGCCAUCCUUCGACCCUGAGACUGUCCUUCAGACUGGUCACGAACUGCUGUCGGAGCUGCAGCAGCGUCGCUUUAACGGCACGGAAGGAGGAGGACAAGGAGGUCCAGCAUGGUGUCCCAUGGACGAGGAGCUGCUGGCUCAGCCUCAGGUGAUGAAGCUGCUGGACUCGCUCAGGGAGCAGUACACCAGAUACCAGGAGCUCUGCAGGCAGCGAAACAAGCGCACCCAGCUGGACGAGAUCCACGCCAAAGUCAUGCAGGUGGUCACCUGGCUGCAGGGUCCAGGUUCAGAGCUGUUGAAGACUCAGCAGGCGAUCGGAGACUCAAUGCGGGCGGCUCAGACUCUGCAGCAGAAACACGAGGAGAUCGAGAGCCAGCACAGUGAAUGGUUUGCAGUGUACGUGGAGUUGAACCAGCAGAUCGCUGCCUUGCUCAGUGCCGGGGAAGAGGAGGAGGUGGUGGAGCUGAAGGCGCUGCAGCAGCAACUGAGCGACGUGUGCUACCAGCAGGCCGCUCAGCUGGAGUGCAGACAGAACAUCCUGCAGGCAGCACAGGGCUUCCACACCACCACACAGGAGUUGUCCCAGCUGUUGGACGGUCUGCUGGGCAUGCUCUGUGCUGAUGUGGCUCCAGCUGACGGAGCUUCAAUUCAACAAAACCUCAAACUGUUGGAGGAGAAGCUGCAAACUGUCGAGGCAGGUCUAACAUCUCUGCGUCAGAAGGGGGCGCAGUUGAUGGAGCAGAUGUGCACGCAGGCUCCGUGGCCCCUGGAGGAGACGGAGAGUCCAGCUGGAGAACAGCAGGACAACGUGCAGCACAUCCAGGGUGUGAUGGAGGAGAUGCAGCUCCGCAAGCAGAGGUGUGAGGACAUGGUGGAUGUGAGGAGGCUGAAGAUGCUACAGAUGGUCCAACUGUUCAAAUGCGAAGAAGAUGCUUUACAGUCAGUAGAGUGGCUCGGCGAGCUGUUGGACGCCCUGCUGAAGACUCACGUCAGACUGGGGGACGAAUCUCAGGAGACGACGACCAUGUUGGACAAACACAGGAAGUUUGUAGACGUCGCUCAGAGCACCUAUGAUUACGGCCGUCAGCUGCUGCAGGCGACGGUGGUCCUCUGUCAGUCUCUGAGAUGUACGACACGCUCGUCCGGAGACACCCUGCCGAGACUCAACCGAAUCUGGAAACAGUUCAGCGUCUGCGCUGAGGAGAGACAGCAGAGGCUGGAGCUGGCUCUGAACUUCCACACCGCCGCCGAGAGGGUGUUACAGCAGGAAUGUGUCGACUCAGAGUCUCUGGAUGAAGUCGACUCCUCUGGGAAAACUCUGCUGGACAGACUGACCAUGCCUGUUAUCUUCCCCGAUGGGACGGAGCAGUACUUUGGGAGUCCCAGCGACACGGCGGCGGCAGCAGAGUGCGUCAGGGAGCGCCUCCUGCUGGUGGAGGAGCGGCGGCUGCAGCUGCAGGAGCUGGGGCUUCACAAUGAAGAAGAGGAAGAUGAGGAAGAAGAGCAUGUAUUAAACGGGCAGGAAGCACGGCUGGACGUGAUCGGAGAGGAACUGAGCGAGAAAGAGGAUGAGGAAGAGGAGGAGGAGGCGGCAGGGCAGCAGGAUGAAGACUUGGAGAGGGCGACGCAGGACUGCUAAUCGAACGCUGAUGAUGUUCAACUGAGCAGCCUUGAUGAAGCUCGUUAACGAAGGGCUGCUGAAUUAUUUUCCAUCUAAACUUCCGAUUGGUUGCUUCCGUCUCCCUGCAGCAGUAGGUUUUUCUGUCUGCUGGUAUAUAAAGGCUACAUCAGCCUCGCUUCUGAAAAGGAUAAACAUGUUGAUGAGAUGAUUUCCCUCCGCUCAGCAGAACCGCUCUGCCCUGAAACAACAGCACCCUUUCAACAUCAGUUCUACCAUCAAGCAAUCCAGCAGAUUUCACAAAUGUAAAAAUACUGGAAUCGUUAAUACUCAUAUCUCCGGAUGAUGACGACGAUCGACUGUGAAAUCAGUUUGGAUAAGAAUACUUCUAAUGUACAGCUAAAAACGCCUCCACUUUCCCAGCAUGCCUUUCAGUGGGUGGAGCUUCCAUGGUGCUAACAUUGUUACCAAGGUUUCUGUCUGUGCCUCCUCCGACGUCUCGCCUUUCUUACCUCCUCGCCUCCCUUCAUUUCCGUCCUCUAAAAGAACAUGAAGCUGCAGUUUAUCAGGUGUGCCGCCACCUGAUCCUUUUCCUUCAUCGAUGGUCCUUUCCCAUUUUGUGAUUGUCAGUUCGGGCUUUUCAGCACUGGGAUGAACAUGACACUCUCCUGAUUGUAUAAAUAAGCUGAAAGAAAAACCUGCUUUAUCGACAAACUCUAAUCUACAAGACUGUUUGUAUAGAAACUUGAGAACAAAACAGCAAGUCCCAAAGAGCCUCGCGAAAUUACAAGAAACAACAUCCAAAUAUCUGUGAAGUCUUCUUGUAAGCUAUCAGGAGAAAUUGAUCAAGUCCACCCAAAUUUUGAAGUCUUCCUCCAAAGUCGAACUGAAAUUUAAAUUAUUUUCAUAUCUUUCCCAGAGUGGGAGGUAUGGUUCCCUUUUUCUCAAGCAUUUUUGGGGAAAUUAACAAUGAGCCUGUCACACCUUAAACAAGAUAAUGUGGUUUUACCGCUGCCUUUUUCAACCAGGGAUUAGGACACCCUCAGGAAGCUGCCUCGAAAAACAGAUUGGAGCACUGCUUACAACUUUUUUUGCACAAUUUCUCCUUUUUUUUGGGCUCAGUAUUUUGGCAAUGAAAGAUCAGAAACACAAAACAAGGAGAGAAACUGAUUUCAAAACAUAACUCUAAUUUCCUGUUUGAAUGAUUUGAUGUUUCUUGUUGAAAUUGUCUUGGACAUAACAUUUCCAAGGACCCAGAGGCUCCUACCACUUGCUCUAUAGAAACCCUCUGCCUUCAUGAUGAACAUCAAACCUGUGCCGCUUCGCUCUGAUCCACUCUGACAUCAGGAUAGAAGACUUUUUCUAUUUAUUUGACUUUUUCCAAGCAAACCUUCUUGUAGGUAUUUCGACCAAUAACUGCUGCUGUAAGUGUAACCGUUAAAUACUGUGUCCUGCUUUCUGUCCUCCCCGUCCAAUAAUAUAUACAUAUGACAUCAUCCUCUAAAUAAAGAAGUGUUUUGAAGUUGC